AUGAAGGCGUUUUUGGGCAUGAAUUUUGUUAUGAGUUACCAUGUUUUGCCAACCAUUAGAAAUUACUGGUCAACUGAUGAAGACAUGAGUGUCCCGUUCGUCGCUAAUGUUAUGCCUAGAACUAAGUUUGAGCAAAUUCGUCAAAAUCUACACUUUAGUGAUAAUGAUAAUAACCGGCAAUCAAACGAUCGAGCAUACAAAAUUAGACCCGUUAUGCAACACUUCAAUUUAUGUUUUCAAGCAGCAAUGAAUAACUCAAAAAGACAAUCUAUUGAUGAGCACAUGAUCAAAUUCAAAGGGCAUAACAUAAUGAAACAGUACAUCAAAAAUAAGCCAAUAAAAUGGGGGUUCAAGAUGUGGUGUCGAGCCGAGUCUUCAACAGGUUACUUGUACCAAUUUGAUCUGUACACGGGCAAAAAAACAAACACCGAAGUCGGACUUGGCGAGUCUGUUGUUCUAAAUCUAUCGGAACAGCUAAAGGGUCUAGGUUGCGAAGUGUAUUUUGAUAUUUUUUUCAAUUCGCCUGCUUUACAACAUAAACUAAUGAUUCAGAAUACAAAAGCAUGUGGUACUGUUCGCACAAAUAGAAAAAACGUGCCCAAAUCAUUGCCGACGGAUAAAAGUAUGCAAAGAGGUAACAUUUAUGCUGUAAGUUCAAAUGGAAUUACAUUUACCAAAUGGAUGGAUACUAAAGCAGUUCACAUGUUGACAAAUUUUAUAUCCCCAGUGCAGACUAUUACAAUAAAGAGGAGGCAAGCAGGAACUGCCCAAAAAAUAAACGUUACUUGUCCGGAGGUAGUUAUGCAAUAUAACAAAUACAUGGGUGGUGUGGACCUCAUGGACCAGCGCAAAGCCUGUUAUGAAGUUGAUCGAAAAGCAAAAAUUAAAUAUUAUUUGCGCCUAUUUUUUGAUAUGCUAGAUAUUGCCAUGAAUAAUGCGUACCUAGUCUACGUAAAGUUGCAUGAAGCUCACCGAGUGGAAGGGCCACUUUUGACUAGUCUAGAGUUUCGCCAGCACAUAGCACGGGGUCUAAUAAAUAAUUUUACAUGCAGGCAGCGAUCUAGGCCAACUUUAGUGUCCUCUGAAAAGUUACGUAUUGGCAACAAACGCAACUUACCAGCUCAUAAUAUGCAAAAAGCUGAGAAAAUGAAAAGGUGUGUCAACUGCGCUAAACGGCGCAUAGAAAAUAGGACAUAUAAUAUAUGUGUCAUGUGCAAUGUACACUUAUGUUACACAAGUACCCGAAAUUGUUUCGCGGAGUACCACAACUAA